AUGGGAAGUGCUAUUAUCAACAUUGCAACAUUAUCAACAUUAUUUAAAAUUCAUUAUUCAUUAUUUAAAACUCAUCACUCAUCAAAUUUUCACGUUCUUUCGGUAAACGAACUUAUCAUAAUCAAACUGGUUGAUUCAUCGUUAAUUUUAAUGACAUAUUCUCAAGUUUUUCGUCUUUUAGCAAAGAGAAUUGUGAAUGCUCGCCUGCCACGCGUGCGGCCCGGGAAUAUUACGAUGAAAACAGGGUUUUUGGCUGGUUCCAUUAACUGCUACAAAAUCCUCAGAGAACCACUUGGUGGUUGGAUGAUUUCAUUUUUAAUAGGCUUACCCCUGACAGGAGUCGAAUUAAAACGAAUGGAGCAAAUAUUGUUAUUUCAUUCAAUUCGACGAAUACAUUGCGUUGUUGGACGUGUGGAACACUGCCAGGUUGCUUAUAUAAGUCGAGAAUCGACUGGGCAAAUUUAUCGACGACUAUGCCAUCUCUUUAAAACUGAAUCUACCAAUCAGGUGCAUGAAAUAGAGUCAGUUCUGGGCCAUGCAUUCGAGACAACUGUAUCUUCGAAACCUUGCUCAGAUGUUCGAGCAGUUCCGUCGCCGACAUCUAAGGCACUAUUAUCAGAAGGAAUGCAUCCAGUGACACCGCUAAUUACAGUUGCUUCGACACCCGUUGGUCCUGUCAAACCUCGUGCUAAUCGUUCAUCGCUGUUCCUCAAUCGUAUUUUCGGUAGCAAAUCACGCAGUGAUCUUCAAGCUUGUGUUAUUCCUGAAAUCACACCGGCAAGGCGCAGAAGAAGGCCAGUAAGCGCUGUCUUCAGUCAUGCACUUCAUCGAUUAUCAACAGCAUCAAUUUAUAAUAAAAGAGUUAGUACACCCAAAUUUUGGUCUUUUUAUUGA